AUGUUGCCUUCUCUCUCCUAUGUGAGGAAACUCGAUGCAAGCCUAGUGAGGCACGUUGGGCUUGCUCCGCUUUUCAAGGCGAAGGCUCAGCUCCUUGGCCCAGUAACAGCCAUAGAAUCUGGCAAGCAUGCUGUGUCGUAUCAGGAAUUGCAUUUCAAAGCUCUCCAGCUCGCACAACUUAUCCGACUGGAAGCACCGGAACCAGAAACUCCAAUCGCGAUUGCCAUACCCCGAGGAGUCAACCAUAUUUUGGCACAAAUUGCCAUUGCCUAUGCCGGUGGAACCUGUGUCCCCUUGGACACAAAACAACCGGGCGUGUUUCUCCGGAAGCUUCUCCAAAACCUGGAUGUGAAGCUGGCUCUGGUAGAUGACGAGAGUUGGAAUCAAUCUCUAGAGAUCGACAAUAUCCUUGUGGACCAUACACUGCACCCUGAGAUAUGCGACGAUGAGUUUGAGGUCUCCUCCAAUGGACCAUCAAGCUGUUCACAUAUCCUCCACACCUCAGGUACAACAGGGGAUCCCAAAGCCGUUCAGAUUCUAGCCGGCGGACUCGUCAACUUAGCAUUCAGCUCAAUAGCACCAUUUCAAGAUGGCCAACGCCUUGCUCACAUCAGCAAUACUGUCUUUGACGUAACUCUGUUCGAAAUAUGGGUGUGCUUGUUGAGAGGUGGGACUUUAGUGAUCUAUCCACAUGAGACAGUCAUCGACCCCAUCCUAUUAUCACGGAGUCUCCGGGAGGACCGAAUCGAUGUUGUUUUUGUUACGACCGCGUUGCUAAGCACAAUUGUCCACACUUGCCCGGGAGCAUUUUCCACCAUCCACACCCUGGCGACUGGCGGCGAACCGGUCAACGUGUCGGUGAUCCGGAAGAUAUUUGACAACGGCCCCCCAGAUCGAGUAGUCCACCUCUACGGGCCGACAGAAUGCACCGUGUUUCUCAUCGCGUACGACAUCACCGCAGCGGAUAUUCACAGUGGUCAAAUUCCACUCGGAAGGCUAGUUGAAAAUUGCCAAGUUUCCAUUGUCGACGAAAAUCUCAUUCCACUUCCAAAGGGCAGCGAAGGGGAACUGGUGGUAGCCGGUGCAGCAGUUAGCGCAGGAUAUUGUAGGAAUCCUCUGGCCAACACUAAGUCGUUUAUAAGGCCCCCACAUCUUCAAUUGAAAGGACUCGCGAUGGGAUUCCCUUGCCAUGCCUACAGAACAGGUGAUAUCGUGCGCAUGGAUGAGUCUGGGUUAUACCAUUUUGUCGGCCGCCGGGACAGACAAGUCAAGAUCUGGGGCCACCGCAUCGAGCUAGAGGGUCUCGAGAAUAUCAUCUUGAGCACUAAUCUUGCGUCCGCAGCAGCUGUUGUCAAGAUCGGGUCCGAUAAUGCCAUCACAGGGCCAAUACUGGUUGCCUAUGUUGUACCGGAGUGCAUUCAUAUCGACCGGGAAACCGUAGCACAAGCAUUCAUCGACCGUGCUCCUCAUCUUUUGGCGCCUCGCGUUGAAUUUAUCGCAGAGCUUCCAUUGGGAAGUACAGGGAAGUGCGAUCGAAGGAAGCUUGAGCAGCUGUAUAUGGAGAAGAUGAGGGUCGCGCGUCAGAGUCAAGUGCACUCGAACGGCAACGCUUGUUCCGUGGAAACUUGUUUGGAGCAGCUCUGGCUCGAAAUACUGCGGUUUCCGUCAAACUGUCUGAAUUCCUCCGAUGACUUCUUCCAUCUGGGUGGAACCUCACUGCAAGUCGCAUAUCUGAUCGGCCAAAUUCGAGUUUUGUUGGGAAUUGAGCUGCGGUCCGCAGCUCUGUACGAGAAUUCCACACUAGGUCAACUCACCCAGCUAGUGCAAAAGCUAAAGAAUGGAACAGCUUUGCCAGACGCAGUGGAGGAGCAAAGCGUCCUGGCUCGGGAUUCUUUGCUGGGUCAGGACCUACAGGUCAAUUCCGACCUGGCCGUCGACUGGCUUGACGCUUCAGAAGGCCGAGUGCUCCUCACCGGAGCCACUGGAUUUGUUGGCGCCUUUCUUCUCGCGUCACUGCUGUCUAUGCCGCAGGUCACCCAAGUCGCAUGUCUUGUUCGUGCCCAGGAUGCAUCUGCCGCCGACCUGCGCAUCAAAAAAGCAUUAGAGAAGUACAAAUUGCGAGGUUCCCAGGAGAGCAAAAUCAUUUCGAUCACCGGUGAUCUGUCACUCCCGCUCGUCGGCCUUCCGCAAGAACAGUACGAUCACUACGCAAGCUGGGCGAGUGUAGUCUUUCAUUUGGGGGCACUAGUCAGUUACGUCCAGCCAUAUUCCCGUCAUCGAGCAGCCAAUGUCCUGGGAACAUUAGAGCUAUUACGAUUUGCCAAUCGCUCCCGGCCAAAACGACUGAUCUACUCCUCGAGUAUUGCCGCGUAUGGCCCGACGGGAUUUGUCCAAGGAACCAAGACCGUCCCAGAGGAUGAGGGGCCACUAGGCCACAUCGUGGCUCUACAGUAUGACACAGGAUAUUCCCAAAGCCAAUUCGUGGCGGAAAAUGUGGUCUGGAAUGCCAUUCGCAAUGGUUCGCCAGCGAUCAUUAUCCGGCUCGGGUAUGUUCUAGGCCAUAGUCAAACGGGAAGAGGGAACCCGAGUGACUUCGUCGGUUGUCUCAUGUCAUCCUGUCUUCAGCUAGGCCAUUAUCCCAUCGUACCGGGGCAACGCAAAGCGUUUGCCCCAGUGGAUUUCGUGGUAGAUGCGAUGCUACGGAUCGCUGGCUUCGAAGAGAACGUGGGCCAUGCUUAUAAUUUGAUACAGCCGGAGCCCAUAGAUCUUCAGGAAGCCUUUGACCUGACCAGUAGGCAGUGCUCUUGCCAGCUGCAAGGCAUCUCAUUUUCCCGCUGGCUGGAACUGUUUGUUAACGAUGCGACGAACCCACUGCAUCCCUUUCUUCCGCUAUUCCAGGAGGAGAUAUGGGGUACCCAUACCCGUUGGGGUGUUCAAGAGAAUGCGCCUCGGUUUGAGAUUAACAACACUCUCCAGGCUCUUCGUGAUAGCCCGGAGUUGCUUGCGUGGAUGCCGACACUGGAUCUGCUUCGAAAGUACAUUCCUGGGUGGUCUGCGGCCUCAAGCAAUCUUUGA